CCGGUUGAGAAAGAAAUUCGUAAACAAGAUUUAUUGCUUACUAACUUGUGUAUUUGAGAAGACGAGUUCGUGGGAUUCGAAUUUCGAACCGUCAAAAUGAUCUUCUGUUACCCAUAAAUGAUUAUUGAUUAAAGAAGUGAAUCUCCGUGCAAAAUUAAAAGGUGCCGCCCAAUUCUCAUGUUUUCGCCCAAUACAGAAAAGGGCAACGAGACUUUGAGAGCUUCAACACAAAAGCAAGUUAAUUACUUCUCCCUUUCCUACGCACUUCAGCGGGAAAUUUUUUACUUAUAAAGUGCCAGCCAAAUAUGAAAUCAGGCGAAGCUCGAAAUUCUCCUAUCAGGCUAUCAACACUACAACUCAGAGGGAGAAAAGAAGUCGUAGAAAAUGGAAGACAAGUCGCAUGAUGUUGAAGAGAACGAAACAAUAUCAACUGCGGAAGGCGAAGAAGGUCCGGCGAUAGGGAUCGAUCUGGGGACCACAUACUCUUGUGUCGGAGUUUGGCAGCCACAGCAUGGCCGCGUUGAGAUCAUCACCAACGACUUAGGCAACCGUACGACGCCGUCAUGGGUUGCCUUCACCGACGCUGAACGCCUUAUAGGCGAACCUGCCCAGAACCAGGCCGCCAUGAAUCCUUCCAAUACCAUCUUCGAUGUGAAAAGGCUAAUAGGAAGAAAAUUUGGUGAUGAAAUAGUACAAAAUGACAUGAAACACUGGCCAUUUAAAGUCGUAGCUGGCCCUGACAGUGGUUGUGGAGAGCAUCCUAUCAUCGCAGUGACAUAUAAGGGUGAAGAGAAGCAAUUUGCAGCUGAGGAGAUAUCUUCAAUGAUCCUCCAAAAGAUGAAGAGCAUUGCAGAGGCUUACCUUGGCAAACAAGUCAAAAAAGCUGUUAUUACUGUUCCAGCCUAUUUCAAUGAUGCCCAGCGUCAAUCAACAAAAGAUGCUGGCGUCAUUGCUGGUCUUGAGGUGUUGCGCAUAAUCAAUGAGCCAACUGCUGCUGCAAUUGCAUAUGGUCUUGACAAGAAAGGAAAUGGAAGUGGUUUUUCUGAUUCAAGGAACAUACUGGUUUUUGAUCUUGGUGGAGGCACUUUUGAUGUCUCUAUUGUCACAAUGGAGAAGUCUUUGUUUGAAGUCAAAGCAGUUAGUGGGGACACCCACCUUGGUGGAGGGGAUUUCAAUAAUAGAAUGGUGAGCAACUUUGUGGCUGAGUUUGAGAGAAAACACAAAAAAGAUUUAAGUGGAGAUCCUAGGGCUCUUGGGAGGCUGAAAGCAGCAUGUGAAAGGGCCAAAAGAGUGCUUUCUUCAGCUACUGAAACUUCUAUCAACAUUGAUUGUCUCUUUGAGGGAAUUGACUUCUCUUCAAACAUCACCCGUGCACGGUUUGAUAAAUUGAAUCUGGAUCUGUUCAAGGCUUGCUUGGAGCCGGUAGAGAAGUGUUUAAAAGAUGCUAAAAUGGAGAAGACUGACAUUCAUGAUGUUGUUCUGGUUGGUGGGUCUACACGAAUCCCAAAGGUUCAGGAGUUAUUACAAGACCUCUUUGAGGUAAAGGUUCUUUGCAAAAGCAUAAACCCAGAUGAAGCUGUUGCAUAUGGUGCAGCUUUUCAGGCUGCCAAACUGACUGGAGUCUGUAUGGGUGUGAAUACGGAUAUUGUGCUUGUAGAUGUUACUCCUUUAUCUCUUGGUAUCAAGGUUUAUGGUGGCACAAUGUCUGUUGUGAUUCCAAGGAAUACCACCAUCCCUACAAAGAUGUCAAGUGCCUACCAUAAUGCUUUUGACAACCUAACCAGUUGUACAUUUAUGGUGUAUGAAGGAGAGAUGCCUGAAGCAGAAGACAACAAUUUCCUCGGUGAAUUUUCUCUUAGUGAUGUUCCUCCAGCGCCCAAAGGUGUUGCUAAGUACGAUGUCAAUUUCAACAUUGACGCCAAUGGCAUAUUGACUGUGUCUGCUGAACUAGUGGGCACUCACAAUAGAAACCAAAUCACUCUUACCAAUCGCAGUCAAAGGUUGUCAAAGGAGGAAAUUGACCGGAUGGUUAAGGAGGCUGAGGAGUACAAGGCUCAAGAUAUAAAGCGCAAGAAGGUAUCCCUGACUAAAAAUGCUCUGGAGAAUUACAUUCACCAUGCCUGGGGAACUUUGAGCUGCUUUAGGAAUAAGGUUGGGAUGGAGGAGGACAUUAUGAAUCUCAGAAAUGCAAUAGAGAAUGCUGUGCGAUGGUUAGACUGGAAUUACCAGCUUGAUGAAGCUCAUAAGUAUUUGGAAAAGAAAAAAGAACUGGAGAUCAUAUGCGAGUCUUUUAUCAUCAAGAUGCAGCGUCCGCCAGAAAGUCCCACAAUUGUAGAGCCUGAGACCAGAAUGAUACGGAGACUUUGGAAGUCUCUAACCUUUUGGCAUUUCAGUAUGCUAAUGCUUUAGUACGCUGAUGCACUUUUUGAAACUUUGUUUGGUCUGGAAUUUCAGUCUCUGAUUGCUGUCAUAUGACACCACACUUUGACUGUUUUUGGUGUGUGAGUACUAUAUUGGCUGUUGGUCUCUGCUAGUUAGGGAAAACGUUGCCCGUGAGGCUUAUGAAAACCUCUUUU